UAAUCAUAACUGGCAAAUUUUUCCACUCCAUUUUGAUAAGCCAUACCUACCAUUUAAACUUUAAAAAAUACAUUAACAUAUUUUGUCUCUGUGUUAGGGUAAUAUUGUUUUUACUAUUUAAUAUUUUUCCGCCUCAUGUAAAAUUACAUGCCAAAACCGCCACUGCAAGUCACAUCUGUAAUACAGGUUCAAUUGAUCAACCUCAUCAAGUAAUAAAGCUUUCAUUAAUACUAUAUUAUACUAUACUUCUUUCUGCUUUGGACAAGACUGGACCUCACCCAAAAACCUCCUUAGGCGGUGGCGACGAACUUGUUGGCUUUUAAAAACUCCUAUGAUAAUUGCAGCAGCAGCUACUGCAAUUUCUUCUGAAUCAUUCAUUUUAAAUAGAGUUGCUGCUGCCAUGGUUGACGUAGUUUACCGUGGUAAUAUUGAGCUGAUUUUAUCAAUAAUUAACCACCUGAAGAAAUACAUUAUUUCAUUUAUAAUUGUCCUGUUGAUCCUGUUGUCGAUAUUUCAUUUUUCCAAAUAUUCAGUUCACUUUGUGCCGCUGUUCACCAUCACUUUUGUUCUGCUGCCAGUCGUCUACUACACCACAGUUUUGGUUCUCAAGUUUGUUACCACUAUCAUUUCUUCAAAUCAAACCAGAGAAAUCGCGGUGAUGAACGCUAACAGUGAUCAGGGACACGGGCUGAAGACCCCGGACCGUCCGUACCCGAAUAGCCCAACUCCGCCACCAACAUACGAGGAAGCUACGCGGAACGACCAUUAUUACCAGCCUCAACCAUGGUUACCGUCGACCAGCAGCGGAUAUACCAGCAGUACCAGUGCGGUGUUCAAUUUACAGUACCAGUACACCAACAGGGAUGUGAUGAAGAAUUACGCAAGAAUAUCGGACAUGGCUGCAGCUACGAUGACUACUAACCAAAAUAAUCUAUCCAGUGUUGCGGACGGUGGCGUCUGCGACUUACGUCCGUCCGUGCUGAAACCGAUUCAAAACAUCCCCAGUGUUACUAUCACGUCAGACGACGAUCAACGUCCGAUGGAGAUAUGAUUGACGAUUGACCGUGAUUUUAUUAGUGUGUGGCAGUAAUUCAUACGGCGAAUCACCAAUAAGGGAAUUUCUGUAUUGCAAACACGCCAUUAUAACUGAUAUCAUUACAUAAAAAUAAAAAGUUAUCAAUAAUAUUGUUAAUAAUGUUUACACCAGGGACCAGAACCGUAAUCGAAAAAAACCUGUACUUGAGCCGGUUAUCUUUUAAAAUUUAGGAACCGUAACUGAAACCGAAACCUUUAUUUCCAAAAAUGAAAAACCGUAACCAUAACCUUAAUUAUAAAUUAGUAAAAGAUAAGAUUAGAAAACUAUGGUAAUGACUUUUUGGUCCAUUUGUCGGUUUAGAAAAAUAAAAGUCAAAUCUUUUUAUGUUUUUAUAAUUUUGUGUUGUAAACUGUAAUAGUGUAAUGCAUA